AUGGUAUUAUCGUUGAUUGGAAUCAUUCUUGUUUGCAAAGCGAUGCUUGGAAGAUUUAAGAAUCGUCAGCCACCAGUGGUUCUGAACACGAUCAGAAUCAACACUCAACGUAUCCAUAUUCCGGAUCGUCCACCUCUUCCACCAUACCUGCCAUCAUAUAUGCCACCGUUCCCGGUUCCACCACCACAGAUCUUGAUGGGGGAGACGUCCAUCAGUAUUCCACCACCACCGGAAAGCAACCCACCAUCAUACCACGAGAGUGCUGAAAUCGAGGAACGACGAAUCACUGACAACUCCAACGCACCACCGGCAUACAAUCGUACUAACUACGUCUCUGACAACAACAUCGCUAGCUUCUCUCCACCACCAUACUACAGUCCACCAAGCCCAUUCUUUGGCUCUGCUGAGCAAACCACCUCCAUGUACCUCUCCUCCGAAGAUCUAUCCACGUCUCCAGUUCCAAUCUCUCCAUUGCCACUACGAAAUGUCCAACUGCGCGCCCCAUCCCCAGUCCGACGUCAUCCGGCCCGCAAACCUCGACGAUCUCCACGUCAACCGAAACCACAGGCAACUGUCAUCCGUCUUCAAGAUGAGGACUCCGGAGCAUCAACGAGCACUGCUGUCCCGAAAACUUCAACUCGCACUCCACUUCCGCAGAUGUUCAUUGACUGCUCCAAAGCCGAGCCGACACUUUUCACAAUCAACGGUGAAGAGUCAACUAUCUAG